AUGACACCAACAGGCGCCCGACUGCUCGUGGCAGCCGCCCUACUCUUCCCUAGCGUCUCUCCAUCGCCAAUUUUUGACGCUGGGCAAAAAUUUCUUGAUGCUAUCACAGGGGCACGCGAUUCUAUAACAACCACACCACAUGUUCAACAAUCAAGUCGCAAGUUGAACGGAAAAUUUCUGCAUAUAACAGACUUCCACCCAGAUGAAUUCUACAAGGCGCAUGCAUCCACAGCUCAAGGCAUUGCCUGUCAUCGCGGAGAGGGACCUGCUGGUUUAUAUGGCGCUGAAACUACCGAUUGCGACUCUCCACUCGAACUCGUUAAUGCAACGCUGGACUGGAUACGGACUCACGUAAAGGACGACAUCGACUUUGUUGUGUGGACUGGCGAUACCGCGCGCCAUGAUAGCGACGAGAAGCGACCAAGAAGCGCCAGCCAGGUGCUGGACAUGAAUAGAAGAGUCGCCAAAAAGGUCGUCAAGACAUUCUCCGAUAAUGGUGCGCUGACCAUUCCUGUUAUUCCGACCUUUGGCAACAACGAUUUUCUUCCACACAACAUUUUCUAUCCAGGACCAAACAAAUGGCUACAGGCCUACAGCAGUAUAUGGCGUCGCUUCAUCCCUGAAGAGCAACGCCACUCUUUUGGCUUCGGUGGCUGGUUUGAGGUUGAGGUUAUUCCUAAUAAGCUGUCUGUUAUCAGCCUGAACACCAUGUAUUUCUUUGAUAGAAAUGCUGGAGUUGAUGGCUGCGCUAUUCCCUCGGAGCCUGGGUUCAAGCAUAUGGAAUGGCUGAGCGUUCAGCUGCAACGUCUGCGUGAUCGUGGAAUGAAAGCUAUUCUGGUUGGUCAUGUUCCCCCUGCUCGAACACGGAACAAGCAAAACUGGGAUGAAACCUGCUGGCAGAAGUAUACACUAUGGCUCAAGCAGUAUCGCGACAUCGUCACAGGUUCUGUUUACGGGCAUAUGAACAUCGAUCACUUUCUAUUUCAAGACACCAAGGAUAUCGAUCUGAGCCUCUAUGACAAGGCUGACACCUACCGAGAACCCCUCGAAGAAGACUUCUCCAUUGAAUCAAAGAGCGAUUAUUUGAUAGACUUGAGGAAGUCGUGGUCCAACCUACCAGGCGAAGCCGCAAAAGCAAUGAGCGAGCAUCUCAAUGACGAUAAAGACGAUAUCUAUACACAAGAUGACGAUGUGAAUGACCUGAGAAAUAGAAAGAAGAACAAAGGGAACAAGGGUAAAAAAAAGAAGGGUCACGGCAAGAUUGGAGGCAAAUACGGCGAACGAUACCAGGUAUCUCUUGUCAGCCCCAGUGUUGUCCCCAACUACCUCCCGACGAUCCGUCUUAUCGAGUACGAUAUUAGUGGCCUGGAAAAUACACCAGUUUGGACCGACUCCUUCGACGUUCGUACCGAGGCACAAGAAGAACUUCCAAGUUUCUUCGAGGAAGAAGACAGCGAAACUCAAUUGGAGCUCAAGAGAGAUUUCGAAGCUGAGCGAAGACGUAAAAAGAAUCGCAGCAGCAAGAGCAGAAAGGGUAGAAAAGGCAAAAAAAGGCCCAAGAACCCCGAACUUGUGGUACCAGAGGACCCCCCGAAGGGAUCACUCCCUGGCCCCGCAUACUCUCGUCAACCCUUCACCUUCCUGGGAUACACACAAUACUUUGCCAACCUUACCUAUAUUAACAACGACAUGACUGACUUGACCGAGACAAGUAAGUGGCGCGAUGGCGAUUUCAGCGAUGAAGUACCCAGCCACGAUAAGCCACGACCAAACAAGUUCAACUACGAGGUUGAAUACAGCACUUUCACUGACAAGAUAUUCAAGCUGCCGGAUCUGACAGUUCGCAGCUACCUGAGACUGGCAUCUAGGAUUGCCAAGAGAAAGGAGAAAAGGGGCAAGGGCAAGUUGGUCGAAGAAUAUAACGAGGAUUUUGAGGAUGACUCGGACGACGACGACGAUAAUAAUGAAGAGUCCGAGUCUGAAUUUGACAGUACUAGGAAGGGCAAGAAAAAGAAGAAUAAGCGAAGAAAGAGCAACAAGGUCUGGAAGCAUUUCCUCCGAGAAGCAUUUGUUAGCACAAUCCCUGAGAAGAAGCUCAAGAAGUGGUCACGGGGAUGA